CAGGCGGAAGAUAGGACGGCCCGGACUUUCUUCCUCGUUCCGCUUUCUUAUCUUGCCCCAGCCAGCAGGCUUUCCUUUCAAAGCUAAGAUUUUGCCUUGCCUUCUGAGACUGAAACAUGCCGACGCUAGCUUCUGCCGAUUCUUUGGACUACCAAGGAGGGAAACAGUAUGGAGAACUCAAACGGAGACAGGAGGAGAUACUGGACGAGAUUAACCAGGAGUUUCUGACGGAUGACGAUUACAAAGAGGUGGAGGAUCUGGCUGACAGGCUGGAGUCAUCAAAGAAGACUUUUAUGGAGAUGGAUGAAAACAACAACGGAGAGCUCGGUAUGAUGGAGGUGAAGCGCAUGAUGGAGAAGCUGGACCAGGCCAAGACUCACCUGGAGCUGAAGAAGAUGAUCAAUGAAGUGGACACGACCGGUAGGGGCGUCAUCACGUACCGGGACUUCCUGGGGAUGAUGCUGGGCUCCAAGAGCUCCGUCCUCAAGCUGAUCUUGAUGUUUGAGGAGAAGAGGAAGGAGAAGGAGAGGCCGAAGGGAGUGGCGCCCAAACGUGACCUGUCCAGCCUACCCUAGAUAAACCAGUCAUGUUUCUAGAUAAUGUCCGGGCACGUCCAUUGCCAUCUUUUACACAUCUAUGUUGGUGAAAUAAUGGAGUAAUGGUUUACUUUUGGUUCCUGCAUGGUGGGAGAUUUUGUACAUGAGGGAUUAAUGUUGGAAACAACGGUAGAUUUUGUAAAGGAUUUUUUACUUCUUAGUUGGAGAGCAAAUCGCCUUUAAUAUCGCGAGGAAUUUUCUUUAUUUUACAUGUGACGAGACGGUCGCUAUAGAUCUAGAAUCAUGUAGUCAAAUUUAUGUUUCCAAUUUUUUCAUGUCCAGUGUAUUCCUUAUUGUUUAGACUUUCACACACUCUCUUUUAGUGUACCAGAAACUUUAGAAUUAGAUAAAAAUUUAGAUAACCAAGAUUGCCUCUCUAUACUUGUAUUUUAUGUAAACUGGGGAGGGCUAUAGAUGGGUGAAACGAUUGUGUAGGAUAGGGUUAGGUAAAAGAUCAUGUCUGCAAAUUUGGACUAAAUAGGUACUAUCGCCUCAUAUGCUUACAUCUUUUAGGCUUGUGAUGCCAUGUGCUUAUAUUACUUCUUAUAUUACACGUCUU